CCCAAUAAUGCGCUAACCCCAUCCAUCGCCAGUAAUACUCAGACAGAAUAGUAACUCCCUUUUUGCUUGCGAUUCCUUUUCAGAGAGUUUUAUUAUCCUAAGGGUAGCAUGCCUAAAACAAAGGUGGAAGAUUUUGUUGAAGUACUCAACAUUGGAAAAGGAGGCGACUUUUUCCGUCGGUUCUCCAUACAAAUGUCUAGCAACCAACUAGACGCCUUACUUUCUGAAAUGGAGAACGAGAUACAAUUUCCGGAAAAAAUCUUGAAAGCCGUGGCUGUUGUUGGUAAAAACGUUGAUUUGAGUGAUAAAACAACAAUAUGGGCACUCAAUAGAGACACAUUCCUUGAUGAAGAUGGGAAUCUCACGGAUCCGGAACAGCAUGGGUUUAUUUGGAUCAGCCACCUCAUCCGAGAUCCAGGCAUGGAGGUGGCUAAUCAAGAACGAAGCGCCGACGUUCAUCAACCUCUAUCUUCUACUUACUUUGAUUUGAUGUGCCACUUCUUGAAGGGCUCGCUAAGUAAAGCUGUAGAGAAUGAUGUUCUAUUAUCUUUAGCUUUUGAUGAUGUUAUAAAUGGCUGCCCUUUAAGUGACGUAUCACUGGCUGAAAUGGAACCGGGGAAAGAAUCAAAUUUCUUACCGACAUUCUUUACAGCUUCGAUGAGCCUUAUCAUGGCUAAUUAUCAAGUGUGGCAAAGUGUGGCUGGUUCUUUCCCCAUACCUGCAUCAGUUGGAGAACCAGAUAGUGGAAAGUCUACAGCGUGCAAAGUGGCACUGGCACUAACAGGUGGCUGGAAACACCAUUUCUUUACUGCUGUAUCGGAGAAGAUGAGUAACAAAGUUGCCUCCCAGACAACUAUGGGUUUUCUUUUCGAUGACCCCACUAAAGGCCAGGACCUAGGCGAUGCUGCCAAAAGAUUUUUUAAUGAAGGAACUAGUAUUAAUUGCCAUGGUGGAUCGAGCCCUCUUUGUUGCCCUUUAUUUUCAAUUAAUCAUCAUGUGAUGGAUUGGCUGCUAAAACCAGAUCGUGCCAGGAUGCUUGCCAGAGUAAUAUUUAUCCCAUUCAAAAAAGAGGUUCGGGAUAUCGCUGAGGAGAAUGAAACCAUAUGGCAUCAGCUGUUCGAGAGACUUUUGGUCUUCAUUUCCUCUACUGUUGGAGAAGUUACACGAUUUGGACAGUGGUUAACAACCACAGAGGGAAAAGAAAUCUUCAAUGAGUGCCUUGKAAUUGUAAUCAAAGGUUUUGGGGAAAACGGCAAAGGCACACGUCUUGCAAAGAUGUGGGCAUGUGGCUUGUUGGCGGCAAGGAAGAUGCAGGAAUUAACUACAGCUGUAAACGAUGAGGAAAUCAUUAAAUUCUUCAUGGAAGAAGUAGCUCCACAUGUGCUUCGCUUCCAGCAGCCCUUGCUGCAUCAGAAUCCUGGCAAAUCACCUCAUACAUCGGCAAUAGCCGCUGAGGGAAGAGCAGAGUUCAUUUCACGGUUGAGUUCCAAGCUGGUGACAGCUGUGGAAGGUUCAUCAAAGGAACAGGCACAGCAAUUUUUAAGAACCGACUGUACUUCUUCCAAGCUGUCAGCUGGCGGUGAACAGGAAGGGGUAAUUGCCAUCAGAGCAGAGUUUUUCCAAGAAAAGUGCUCGGAAAAGCAGCUUACUCCCAUGAAAGCAUCCGAUUUGCGGACUUCAGUUCAAGCUUUCGGAGUUGGUUUAAAAACGACCGAACAACGCUUUUACUCGCCAACGAGUAAAAAGCGAAAACAAAAGAGUUGCGUGAUGGUUAAAAGGUCGCUGUUUAAGAGUGAAACAUUAAACGCUCUCGAUGAAGCUACAGGAAUAACAACAGCUGAUCAUGAUGUCGGCGAGGGAAACAUUACAAUUACUGGCUCAGGUGCGUCAUAA